AUGAGCGUUUCAGCAACUUUUGUACCUUAUGAAGGUGAAAUAUUAGAAAGUAGUCAAUAUGUUUUUGAAAAUCUUCCACCAGUUGAAUCAGUCUAUGCUGAUGUUUUAUUGUCAGGAGAAAGUAGUUCACACAAUAAUGUACAAAAAGAAAUUUUAAAUUCAUCAUUUAAAAGUAUUGAAAAAAAUAUUAUAAUUUCUACUAAUGUUAAAAAUGAAAAGAUAAAAGUUUAUAAAGCUUAUACUAUAAAUUUAAAUUCUUACAAAAAUAUAAAACCAGAAAAAAUCUACUUUUUAUCUUCACCAUGGAAAGGAUGGAGUGGAGUAGCAAAAAUAGUUCCAAAAAGUAAAUCUUAUACUGUUACAUUUUUAACGCUAAAAAAUAAGACAGAAGAAAAAAAAAUUUCAAUAGAUGAUAGAUUAAAUUUUGUUUCAUGUCAACCACGUCAAGUGGCAUAUUUCUACUAA